AUGAGAGAUUAUAAACCACCAACACAACUAUUAUUACCAUUACAACAACUAUCUUCAACGACACCACCGCCAUUACUCCCUUCACAAAGUUCACUUUCACUAUUGACUUUACAACCAUCACAAGUACAGGAAGAAAAUAGUAAAGAAAAUAAUAAUUGCGAUGAAUCAAGCUGUUGCUUAAACUGUAAAGGUUAUGAACAAAAAUUAAAUAAAUCCAAACAACAACUUGAAAUUUUACAACGAAACCUUACGGAUCAUGAACAAAAAUUAAAUAAAAGUCAUCGAAAGAAACCAAACAAAUAUGGAAAAUUUCAAUCAAUCCCGUUUCGAAAACAACCAACUUUUAUUGAAUCUUUAAAAGAUUCAUCUUUAUAUCAAGUAUAUUUGGGAAACGUGAGAUCAUACAUUUGCUUGGUGACACUAAAAGUUUGUUUGGAGAAAGAUUUUGGUCGCGUUGAACAGGUUGAAAAACCAAGGCCUAGGGAAAACUUCGCAUUUGCUUUUUUCGCUGAAAGAAAUGCAUACUAUAAAGCAAUCGAUACUGGUACAGUCUUGGUUCAAGGAAUUUAUAUAUCAAUUGAUAGAUUCGAAUUUUUUCAAUCUAGUUCUUACUCUAGUUCUUUCAUAAUAAUGUCUCAUUUUAUCUCACCUAGCGAAGAUGCUCCGAUCGCUGGAUAUGGUAAAGAUCCUCCACCUCCCGAAACAAUUUUAAGUGAAUUACAAUAUCCAAGUCACACAGUAGAUAAAGUAAUAAUUUCAUCUAAAGAUGGAACUACUGUCAUUUCCGAAACAGCUCAUAAAGUGAAAACUGAUCAAGAUACACCAGAAGUAAAUACUAUGACGGAAUCAAGAUUUAGACAUGUUAAUGCUGGAGAAGAUCUUGGUACGAAAAAGUUUAUUAUUAAUUGA